GUUUCAUUUUACCUUUUACAACGGAACAUUUUUGAUUUGUGAUAUUCCAACAGAGUUAAGAACUGGCAGCGAGUGUCAUUAAGUGUAUAAGGUUUCUUAAGGAUAACUAGCCGGCCAGCAUGGUUUAAAAGUGAAAGAAUAGUUUCACAACACGAUUUGCCAUAAUAGAUAACAUGAUAAAAAUAGGAAGACUGACUGUGAAAAUGAAUUUUCAGAAAGUUAUUCUAACAUUCUUGGGAAUUGUAGCAUGUUACGACUGUCUUGCUGCUGAGUAUGGGAUCAUCAUAGAUGCUGGUAGUAGCGGCAGUCGGGCAAGAAUCUACACAUGGCCCGAGAGGACAGAGUUGACAGAAGUCAUCCAACUCAGGGAAGUUGCGAACAAGAAAAGCAAACCAGGAUUAAGUGCUUUUGUGGGUGAUGCCCAAGGGAUCAGAAACCAUCUCUCCCAACUCAUUGAAGCUUGUAAAGAUAACGUACCAGAGGAGAAGCGACCGAAUACCCCAAUUUAUCUCAUGGCCACUGCUGGAAUGAGACUUUUAACUGGGACAGACGCCUUCGCAAUCUACCAAACGGUGAACGAUUUACUUUCUCACAAAUCCUUCUCACCAUUUGACUUUACCAAGGGGAACGCAAGAACUCUUUCUGGGGAGGAGGAAGGAGCAUUCACAUGGAUAUCCGCCAACCAACUUAAUGGUUUGUUCGGAAAUGAUCGCACAACGAAUAGAACCGUUGGUAUUAUGGAAAUGGGUGGAGCCUCAACCCAGAUGGCCUUCGUACCACGGGGGAGUCUUUUAGCUGACAAGUUCCCUGUUUAUGUGGCUGGCAAGUAUUAUCCGUUAUAUGUCCAUAGCUACCUCUACUACGGCCAGGACUUUGCAAGUAAAAAGAUCAAGGACUACAUCUACAGAAUGAGAACAGACAGAGACGCAACUAACUUUUCUAACCCUUGUAUGUUAGUAGGUGAUCAGAAGACCGAGAUGAUAGAAGGUACGAACGUACAAUUUCAGGGUACUGGACAGGCGGACGAUUGUCUGGAACUCAUACAAGCUGAACUUGUCUUUAAAGUCCCAGAUUAUCGUUGCUACCCCAAACCAUGUUCUAUAGGACAGGUAUACCAACCAGUAAUUCCUGCGGAUAUGAUAUUCCAUGCUGUUUCUGCUUUUGCCUUCACUGUAAAAGAUAUGAAUGCCUAUUCUAGCGGGGAGAGCACCACGGCUAAGGUGAUUUUGGCCACGAGCAGGGAGUUUUGUAAGAUGGAUCUAGAGACUGCCUUAAAUAAGACAGGUAAUCGCUUUGUUGACACAUUGUGUUUCUCGGGUCUAUUCAUUUCCACAUUGCUCACUGAUGGAUGGGGCUUUGGUGAAGACAGGAAGAUAGAUGCGGCUGGGGAAAUUGCAGAUCAAGAAUUAACUUGGACUCCCGGUGCAAUGGUCUACGAGGUAGAGCGACGGGAUAGGGGUCAUUUCGAGCCUGUUACUGCAACUGCGUCAACUCAGGAAACUGCUAUUAUCCUGACAGUUAUGCUCAUUGCAGCUGGUCUAUGAUAAAAACAUACAUUUUUAGGCCGGUAUAAAGAUGGCAGUUGUGUUGUUCGAAUUAUUUAGAUAUAUUCAGACAGUUUGGCUCAUUGCAGCUGGUCUAUGAAAAAAACAUAUAUAUUUAUAGGCCGGUAUAAAGAUGGCAGUUGUGUUGUUCGAAUUAUUACGAUAAAUAAAGUAAUAUAAAAUGCCUUUGAAUAAUUGCCAUGCAUCCUUUUAACAACAGUAUAUAUAAUAUGUUCAACUCUAAGGUGGCUUGUGUACUUCUUCUCCAAUCGUAUGCACAUGUAGUAUCUUUACUAUAUUUAUCUUAGUCCAGAGUUGAGCUCUAAUAUCAUAUUGUCUUUCUGUACCAGAUUUCAUCCAGACAUUUUGAGCUUUCAAUCACAAUACUUUUUACGAGCUAGAUGAUUAGCGUCAAGUGAAAAUAUUUUUAAAAUAAAUACAUAAGAGA